AUGUCUGAUGAGGAAAUUAAAGAGAAGACGUUACAUGCAGCUGCAGGCUACUUGGAAGGAAAGACGUCUGUGGAAAAGACAGCUCUUCUGCAUCAGCACAUUGGGAGAAGGGAAAUGACUGACGUGAUAAUAGAAACCAUAGGUCCAAAUACAGGUGAAUGUAGAGAGAUACAUAUUCAUAUGUUAGAUGCACCAAAGGACUCAGAUCCAGAGAAUUCGGAAGAUUCAUCUGUAACCACUAACCAAACGGCUCCUGAUUCUCCUUCAAAACAGCUGCCUGAGCAGAUCACUUUCUUCAGUGGGAACCCCUCUGUGGAAAUAGUCCAUGGCAUUAUGCAUCUCUACAAAACAAAUAAGAUGACCUCACUGAAAGAGGAUGUCAGACGCAGCGCAAUGCUUUGUAUUCUUACCGUUCCUGCAGCAAUGACAAGCCACGAUCUGAUGAAAUUUGUAGCUCCAUUUAAUGAAGUUAUUGAACAUAUGAAAAUAAUUCGGGACUCCACACCCAAUCAGUACAUGGUUCUCAUAAAAUUCGGAUCCCAGGCAGAUGCAGAUAGUUUUUAUAUAUCAAGCAACGGACGUCAGUUUAACUCUAUAGAAGAGGAUGUUUGUCAGCUGGUCUACGUAGAGCGAGCAGAAGUUUUGAAGUCUGAAGAUGGUGCCAGUCUGCCAGUUAUGGAUCUGACGGAGCUCCCUAAGUGCACCGUGUGCCUGGAGAGGAUGGAUGAGUCUGUAAAUGGUAUUCUGACAACUCUGUGCAAUCACAGCUUCCACAGUCAAUGUUUGCAGCGCUGGGAUGACACCACAUGUCCGGUGUGUAGAUACUGCCAAACCCCAGAACCAGUGGAGGAAAACAAAUGCUUUGAAUGUGGUGUACAGGAAAACCUCUGGAUCUGUUUAAUAUGUGGUCACAUUGGCUGUGGUAGAUAUGUUAGCAGACACGCCUAUAAACAUUUUGAAGAGACGCAGCAUACUUACGCAAUGCAGCUUACCAAUCAUAGAGUCUGGGAUUAUGCUGGGGACAACUAUGUUCAUCGCCUGGUUGCUAGUAAGACCGAUGGAAAAAUUGUUCAAUAUGAAUGUGAGGGAGACACGUGUCAGGAUGAGAAGAUAGAUUCUCUGCAAUUAGAGUAUUCAUAUCUGCUUACUAGCCAGCUGGAAUCUCAGCGCAUCUACUGGGAAAACAAGAUUGUGCGUUUGGAGAAAGAUACAGCAGAUGAGAUUAACAACAUGAAAGCGAAGUUCAAGGAGACAAUAGAUAAGUGUGAUAGCCUGGAGCACAGGCUAAAUGAUCUUCUCAAGGAGAAACAAGUUGUGGAAAGAAAGUGUACUCAGCUAAACACAAAGUUGUCUAAACUGUCCAAUGAGCUGAAGGAAGAACAGGAAAUGAACAAGUGCCUCAGAGCCAACCAGGCAUUGCUCCAAACCAAACUGAGGGGAGGAGGAGAAUCUUCUGAAAGAAGUCAGUGAGCAGAAAGACCUUCAGAUCGUGGAAAUGCAGGAACAACUACGGGAUGUCAUGUUCUAUUUGGAGGCUCAGAGAAAAAUUAACCAAAUGCCAGAAGAAGCUCGGCAGGAGAUUCAAGAUGGUCAAAUCAACAUAGCUGUGGCAUCAUCUAGUUCACCUCAAACAUCAGGAAAAUCACGAAAGGGUCGUGGCAAAAGAGGCAAAUAG